CGGGCAGCAUUAUUAUCUGCAGCUGGGUCAGAUAGUAAACAACGUAAGUUAGACUUUUUUUCAAAAUAUUCUUCUAAUAAAAAUCAAAAUGAAAAUGUCACCGAUAUUACUGAUCAACCAAAUCCAAUUGAAAAAUCGGCCAAUGAUAAUAAUGAACUUCGAUCCAAUGUAACCUCAGAAAAUACUAUUAAAUCAUCAUAUAUAUUUCCUAUUUUAAGUAGAUCAAGUGAACAAGAUCAAUCAAACGUAAUAAUUAAUGACAAUGACAUUUUUUCAUCAUCUGAAUCCGAGUCUGAAAAAAAAAGUACAAAAAAACUAAUUGAAACCGAUUCGAAAAUUAGUCUUUUUAUUCCUCCUAUAUUUAGUAGUCACCAUCAAGCUAAAGUUGCUUUUGUUGACGCACAUCCAUGUCAACCUCAGAUAAAUAUACCCUUUAAUAUUAAUAAAGUAUAUUAUAGAAAAAUGCCAAAUGAUAAUUUCGUGAAUCGAAAAUGGGUUUCUUAUAAUUCAAUAACUAGAAAAAUUCAUUGUUCUUUAUGUAUGGGGUUUACUCGUCCGGGUAGUACUCCAUUUAUAGAUGGAAUCGAAAUAAAUUUGAAACAUCUUUAUAGUCAAUUAGAAAAACACGAAAGUUCUGUACCUCAUGACGACGCCUGUAAGGCAUACCUUAAUAUUACAUCUGGACAUACAAUUACUAAUGCGCUAUUAAGUCAUCGCCAAAAAAGUGUAGAAUUAAAUAGAGAAAUUGUAACUAGAAUUAUAGAUAUUUCUUUAUUAAUCGGUAAACAAGGUUUGGCAUUUAGAAGUAAGAGAAAUGAAGCCGCUUAUAAUUUAAGUUUAAAUUUAAAACAAGGGAACUUUUUAGAAAUUGUGAAACUUGUAGCAAAAUAUGACCCGAAACAUAUCUCAGAAGAAGUUUUAUUGGCGGGGCAGUAUUCAUUAGAAGUUGAUUCUUCUCAGGAUACGUCGGUAAUGGAUCAAUUGUGUAUUUGUAUAAGAUAUGUUUUGAAUGGUAAAAUAAUUGAGAGAAUGAUUGCUUUAGUAGAGUCAACCUCUGGAACUGGUGAAGCAUUAUAUAAUAUUGUGAAAAAAGAAUUAGAUACAUUGAAUAUCCCUCUAACAAAACUAAUUGGGGAAUCAUUUGAUGGUGCUGCCAAUAUGAGUGGUUCUUAUAAUGGUCUUCAAGCUCAUUUAAAAACAGUUGCACCCGAAUCAAUUUAUACACAUUGCCAUGCACAUAAAACUGCAGUUUUUUUUUCUGAUUCAUACAAAAGAACUGGAAUUUGGAAAAAUUAUCUUUCAAAAGAUCAAACUGGAAAUGAUAAAUUAAGAAAACUUCAAAAGUUAGGAACUACAAGAUGGAAUAGUAAAGAUGCCGCAUUAAAAUGCAUAUUUGGUUCUUGGUUUGUGUCUGGUGAAACGAGUGAUCGAUAUAAUGUUUUAGUUGAAUCUCUGCAUUUUCUUGACACUGAUUCAUCUAUAGAUUCUAAUACAUCUUCAGAUGCCAGAUUCUUGUUAGAAAAAUGGACAUCUUUUGAAUAUAUACUAACUUCAUUUAUAUUUCUCGAAAUUUUCCAUUAUACCACUCCAGCAUCAAAAUAUCUCCAAUCAAAAGAAUUAGAUUUUAUUACUGUCAUUAAUUUAAUUAAGUCUUUAUUAAGCGACCUCAAAAAAGGUUCUUCUAAAUAUGAUUUAGUUGUUGAAAAAACCAUGAAUUUUAUAUCUAGUAAAAAUAAUUCUGAACAUAUUAAAAAGCUUAAUAUAGUCAUUGAAGAAACGUUUCCAGAUAAACGAAGAUCAAAAAUUAAAAAAAUGCCUGGUGAGCUGGCAUCAGACGAUAUCAGAAAUAUUUCGAAUGUAGAAUAUUUUAAACUAAGGAUUAAAAAUUUAAAACAAGGUUCCACGUAUUAG